AUGGAAUUAUUGUCACAAUAUAGGCCUAGGCAAAUUAAUGACAACAACUUGAAAAGAGAAAUUAGGCGUACUCAGCUAUUGACACGGUUAUUGAAAUCUGAAAAAUGCCGAGAUGUCACACGUAUGGGCCCUAAAGCAUUUAGGCAGUUGUGUCAAAAAUUAAGAGAAACUGGUAGAGUAAAGGAUUCUACUCGUUCUACGGUUGAAGAGCAAGUAGCUAAAUUCCAACAUAUUAUAGGGCACAAUGUGAAAACUAGAACAAUGUCUUUCUUCUUUCACCGUUCAGGAGAGACAAUUAGUCGUCACUUUCACAACGUCCUACAUGCUAUUCCAUCAUUAGAGGGAGACUUCUUCAAGCAACCAUCUAGUGAGGGUGUUCCUUAUGAAAUAUUUCAUAAUAGUCGAUUCUAUCCGUUUUUCACAGACUGCAUUGGAGUCAUAGAUGGUACUCAUAGUCGUGUGAAGGUACUAAGGGUGGAAGCCCCUCGUUUUUACGGAAGAAAAGAUCACCCAACACAAAAUGUGUUAGCUGCCUGCGGGUUUGAUAUGAAAUUCACUUAUGUGUUGUCUGGUUGGGAAGGAAUUGCCUCUGACUCGAGAAUUUUGAAAGAUGCUCUAAGUAGGGAAUAUCCACUUCGAAUCUCCGAAGUUCUGUGA